AUGAUUGCAGUAGCGUCCUGGUCGCUCGUUGGCGUGGCUGCGUUCGCGAGCACGGCGUCAGCUCCGAAGAGGGUGGGAGUGGUGAUUGCCAACGGAUUUGAGAUGCUCGAUGCGAUCGGCCCCUUCGAGGUCUUCAAGGAGAUCGAGAAAACAUACUUUGCUCACGUGAACCUGGCGUCCCAGACCUGGAGUGACACCGCCUUGCAGCCUGGGAUCCAAUGCUCCGCGGACGGCGGACCUCCGUUGCACGUUGAGGUGGAGAUGGUCGCCGACUCGCUGACGCCCGUGACCUCCCUAAGCGGCGUGACCAUUACACCGACGUAUGAUCUGAAGGAAGAUCCGGAAGCAAAGCGCUACGAUCUCCUCGUGUUCGGCGCGCUGAGCUCCUCCAAGUACGAAGGCGCGCGCACCGAGUACAAAGACGGGCACACCCAGACGACGAAGGAUUAUCUCAAGGCGCACAACCGGCAGGGAAAAGAUGUGAUGACU